UAACCACGAGAUGCGCUUGCUGGCUUGCAUUAUUUGUGCCAACCAACUUAAAGCAUGAUUAUAUAUCUAAAUCGAAACUACUUGUCCAAAGCAUAAUCAAAACAAGACCACUCUUUGCAGUCCUGUUGCCCCUCAAAGCUCAAGCCAACACAAGCUGCAACAACAGCCAUGGCUUCAGCAAAGCAGAGCAAGAAGUUGCGCAUACUUCUGAUCCCAUUCUUCGCCACAAGCCACAUCGGCCCCUACACCGACCUCGCCGUCCGUCUCGCAGCGGCCAGGCCUGGCUCCGUCGAGCCCUCCAUCGCCGUGACCCCGGCUAACGUCACGGUGGUUCGGUCCGCCCUCGAGCGGCACGGCCCUGCGGCGAGCGGCGUCGUCAAGAUCGUCACCUACCCGUUCCCGUGCGUGGACGGCCUCGCUCCGGGCGUCGAGAACCUCUCCACUGCCGGAGACGACGCGUGGCGCAUCGACGCCGCCGCCAUCGAUGAGUCCCUGUCGCGGCCGGCACAGGAGGCGCUCCUCCGGGAGCAGGUCCCCGACGCCGUCGUCACGGACUUCCACUUCUUCUGGAACAGCAGCAUCGCCGCCGAACUCGGCUUGCCGAGCGUCGUUUUCAAUGUCAUCGGCCCCUUCGCGGGGCUCGUCAUGAAGCUCCUCAGCGGCGCCGUCGUCAGUGGCGGCGGCACUGACUCUGAGUCCCAUGAGGUUGCCGUUCCCGGGUUGCCGGGGCCGGAGAUACGGAUCCCCGUCAGCGAGCUGCCGGAGUUCUUGAGAUGCCCAGCGAACGUCCAAGGCACGUUCAAUCCUUGCAUCGCGGCGAUGGCCAGGUGCUUGGGCGUCGCCUUCAACACGUUCGCAGACUUGGAGCAGGAGUACGGCGAGGCGCGCGUGCGCGUCGGAUCUUUGAAGCGCGGCUACUUCGUCGGCCCGGUCUCACUGCCAUUGCCACCGGCCGCCGCAAGCAUCAGCGAGUCUCCCUGCAUCAGGUGGCUCGACUCCAAGCCGAGCUGCUCGGUGGUGUACGUGUGCUUCGGCACCUACGCCGCCAUCUCGGGCGAUCAGCUCCGGGAGCUGGCGCUCGGCCUGGAAGCCUCAGGGACGCCGUUCCUGUGGGCGGUGAGGGCCGACGGAUGGGCGCCGCCGGAGGGCUGGGAGGAGCGCGUCGGGGAGAGGGGGAUGCUGGUGAGAGGGUGGGCGCCGCAGACGGCGAUACUGGCCCAUCCAGCGGUGGGCGCGUUCCUGACGCACUGCGGGUCCAGCUCGCUGCUGGAGGCGGCGGCGGCCGGCGUGCCGAUGCUGACGUGGCCGCUGGUGUUCGACCAGUUCAUCGAGGAGCGGCUGGUGACGGAGGUCCUCAAGAUCGGGGAGCGAGUCUGGAGCGGGGCGCGGAGCACGAGGUACGAGGAGAGGGAGCUCGUGCCGGCGGAGGCCGUGGCUCGGGCGGUGGGAAGGUUCUUGGAGGCAGGUGGGACGGGGGAGGCGGCGAGGGGCAGGGCGCGGGAUCUCGCCGUGAAGGCCCACGCCGCCGUAGAGGAAGGCGGCUCGUCGUCCCGUGAUCUGCACCGCCUCAUCGACGACUUGAUCGAAGCCAGAGCGGCUGCCGGCGUGGCAACCUUGCCGUCAGCUGCACCCGUGGAAACGAGCACCGAUGCUGACGGCGAGUAGAGAUGUCUCGAUCUGGCGAGCAAUUCGAAGGUGUUCUCGAAGAAAACACUUGUGAUUAUUUCUGUCUGCUGUUGUCACUGUGGACCAGAAUACCAGAACAUGUAUAGCAGGAGCUGUUGCCAUCUCCGAUCCAUUGCAAAUCAAACUGCUGGGUACUUUGUCCUACGGUCUAUCUUUGAUUUCGAGCACCUCUCUUUGACUCGUUCCCAUGUGCAGGGAAAAACUCUCGUCAGAUUGGAUUUUAUCCUGCCCAAAUCGACGCUGUCAUUCAGCUUCUCUUUUCAUUGAUUAUUAACUCGAGUCAAAUUGAGUUCAUUAAUUAUUCCCUCGCGUCAAAUUGAGUUCGCCCCAAUCCAAAUCAAGUCUUGCACGAAAAAUAAUAACAUGGAGGAGGUUUCUA